AUGAGGCGAUCACGAGGAACGCGUUCCUAGCUUUUACUUUUCUGCAAAGGAGAUCCACAUGUGAAAUCAACGAUACCGAAGUUAUUAUUAAUGAGAUCUCCGUAGUUAGGGAAAGCUGGAGGCAAUGGCGAAGAGAAUAUUGGUUUCUGUUGCGUUGAUUAAUCGAAUUUCUUUGCUCAUUUUCACCAUCGCUUCGUCGCCGUAGUCUUGUUUUAAUUCUAAGAGUCAGAAGCCGGAGAUUUGCUUCCUUGAUUCUGACAACUUCCGCCGGAUUCCUCAACACGCUUGCCUCCGACACCAUCCCCUCCAGCCCAUUCUCAAAGCGUUUAUCUAACACUCUUGAUAGAUAAAUUCAUUCCCUUCUUCCUAAGUAGAUCUGGAAUGGCCGAGCUGAAGAAGAUCCCCAUUUUGAUCUUAAGGUUUGAUGGUGAAUGUUUAAAGGAAUUCUUAGCCAGCACUCAGUUUGAUCCUGAGAUGAUCAACAUAUUCUCACAGAUAGAAGCAAGAAGCUCAUCUUUGCGUGAGUCUAUUAUGAUGGCUUUGGAACAACUAACGGUCGACCAUGGACUGCCCCCUUCUUCUGACUCUUGGGUUUUUGACAACAUUGUAGACCCGGCUUUGCAAAUACUAUCCGUGGAUCAACUAGAACAACCUGCUUCUGAAGAGAACUUCUUGAAAGAAUUCAAAAAGUUUAUUUGUGAUAUCAUUAAACGUCUUCAGGAGCAGCCAGUCAUUGUCGCUCACACAGAGAAAACCUUCGAUGGUGGUGGUAUCAGGAGAUUGCUCUCCAACAAAUUCGAAUUAAAUAAGUUGCUAGAUCUGGUUUGGAGAGACCUGCAAAAGGAGUCCAAUGUGUUUUCAGCAAGGCGGAUUCUUCAAGUUGCACUUGACCGUAUGGCAACAUCAGCUGAUUUGCCAUGUUAUGGUACUGUCGAUCAGGUUGACACAAUAGUGAAUGAGAUAUUCAAGCUAGUUGAUGAAAAGGAAAUUUCGCAGCUGGAGCAGUUCAAAAAAAUAAUGACUGAUAUUCUUGGAAAUAUCAUGCUGCAACUGGAGGGUAAUCCUAUCUCUAUAUCAUCCAACUCAGUAGUUCAUGAGCCUCUUACUUCACCAUCUACAGUCCUUCCUUCUUCAUCAUUAUCCCCGCUGCCUGAGAUAGAAUGAUUAAAUAGGAAUUAAUUAGUAAUUUAGUAUAGCUUUUGCAAGUUAUUCUAUAUACAACACCAUUGUUAUAAGUUCUGAACUCGGAAACUAAGGUUUUUUUUGGGACGACUUUCUGACUGUUUCUUAAAACAACUUUUUAGUACUAGAAAGCUGCUUGAAGAAGCAGUAAAGAAGCUAUCACAAACGAAGCCUAAGAUGACUCGUUAACAUGUCAAUGACCUGAACAACUUGACUUGCAUGAUGAUAAUGAACUGAAGAAAGCAUGUUAUAUCAAACUUAUUUCUAAAUUUGGAGCAAGAAAGAAUAGAAAUCCGACCAAUGUAACAUUGAUAAAUAUGUUGGAUGUUAUAAAUGCUCGCUUAAUGAUGUCAUGUGUGUGGCAAUUGGUUGUUCAAUGCUUUACUUUGAAAAAAUUGAUUCAACUAUGUUGAGUGUUUCAUUAGACUAUAUGCAUUUGAACUUUGCUUUAAAAGAUAUGCUAAUAUAUUAUGGGAUA